GUGUUGUCUCCUAAGUUAUUGCGGCCCUCCCGCAUCGGCAAUAGCGGGGCAAGCUUGGGAGGACAUCGCUGGCCUCCACCGGAAAACGCCGAGCACAUCGACGACUUAUGAUAGACUUCGGCCCUCACAGGAACAACACCGCCACUCAGCUUAUCGGACAACACUCCUUUGUCGCUCCAUCGAAAAAGGCAGCACUUGGUGCGCACCUGCGACCCGGAAGAGAGAAAUACACCGAUACACUGAAGCAUGUCCACGACUUGAGCCAAUUUUGGGCAUCCUACGGUCAGAAAAAGAUAGUCGCUAGAGGACCUUUGCCGCAGGCGUUUCUCCUUGAAGCUUCAAGAGUAGACAGAUCCGAUAGAAAAGCAGAAGUUUCAGUUUGUUUUCUGUUUCCGACGAGUUACUCCGCGAACCAAUUAAUCGUCCUGGAAGACCGGGAAGACAUCUCACACGCGACGGCGAUGGCGACCACUAUUGCUACAGACCUCAGAUUUCCGGCCAUACAUAUUAGCAAGUCUGUAGAUGCUGUCUUGAAGCAGCAUCAUGAUUCAUGAGCAAAUCUGACAGAUCUGUUUCUAGAUCGAAUGAGGUAAAUGUAAGAUUUACUUCAGUUAUUUUUAUUAUAAGUACUUAUUAUAACUUGUUAAUGUUUGUUAACUGUUUAAAUUUGUUUUAUUUGAGAUUUCAAGAGAAGUACUCAAAUUUCAGAAUCAAAUGAUAAGUGAUCAUUUGUAGAGACAAUACAUACAAUGUCUUCAUGAGUUAAUGGAUUCAAUAUAUUGUUGGAAGGACAUAUGGAACUUGGAUGCUAAAAUCAACCAAAACAAAGAGUGUGAGAGCUUCUGCUCGAUAUUGGUAUAUUCCAAUAUGUGUAGGUGAUAUUGUUAUAGUAAAAAUUUUAUAUACUGGGAGGGAAGAAAGGAAAUAGGCUGAUAGGGGAAAAGGAUCCGGGAAGGGAAGAGAAGAAUGAAGGGGAUCUGGAAACCAAAGGGAAGGAAAGGAACUGGGAGAUGAAGAACAACAGAAAACGGCAGAACAAAGUAUACACGAUAUGAUCAACCUUCCUCGGAAAUGCAGUCCUUAUAUCUUUAUUGUUCUCUGCAUAUCCAGCAAUAACAAAACGACCCCAUCUAUUAUUGUUAGACUGUCUAGGCAGAGGAGUGGAGAACAAAACCCUUCUGGUUGCUCGUUUUGCGAUAAACCGUUCCCUCUUAUGGGCGUUCUGGUGACC